AGUGUGUGUCAGGUGACUUGGGUCACGCAGUCUCUCUCUCCCUCCUCGGGGAGGAACUGCCGCGCUCUGGCUGAGUCCUCCGCCAGCAGGCGGGCGGGGCGGCGAGGGGGCUCCGGGAGCGCUGGGAACCGCGGGACCCAGACCUGGACGCCGCCCGCCGGGGGGACUCGCAGCCCCCGCCUCCGCCGGCUUCCGUCACUCUCCAGACAAAACCCCAAUUCAGAUAGGUUGCGAGCAGCAGACGAGGAGGCUUAGCCCCCACCCUGGAACCCCGCCGCCCCCGGGACGCCCAGCCGGUGGGCGCAAUGAGCCAGGUGCUGGGGAAGCCGCAGCUGGAGGACGAGGACGACGACGAGGAGGAUGAGCUGGUAGGGCUAGCGGACUACGCGGACGGGCCCGACUCCUCGGACGCCGACCCGGACAGUGGGACGGAGGAGGGAGUUCUGGACUUCAGUGAUCCCUUCAGCACCGAGGUGAAGCCAAGAAUCCUGCUUAUGGGCCUGAGGAGAAGCGGCAAGUCAUCUAUUCAGAAAGUUGUCUUUCACAAAAUGUCUCCCAACGAAACACUCUUCUUGGAGAGCACGAACAAGAUCUGCCGGGAAGAUGUUUCCAACAGCUCCUUUGUUAAUUUUCAGAUUUGGGACUUCCCAGGACAGAUUGACUUUUUUGACCCUACAUUUGACUAUGAGAUGAUCUUCCGGGGAACAGGAGCACUGAUAUUUGUCAUCGACUCCCAGGAUGAUUACAUGGAGGCCCUGGCCAGGCUGCACCUCACAGUGACCAGGGCCUACAAAGUGAACACCGACAUCAACUUCGAGGUGUUUAUUCAUAAAGUGGAUGGUCUGUCAGAUGACCACAAAAUUGAAACUCAAAGAGAUAUUCACCAGAGGGCAAAUGAUGACCUUGCUGAUGCUGGAUUAGAAAAAAUUCAUCUCAGCUUUUAUCUGACAAGCAUAUAUGAUCAUUCAAUAUUUGAAGCUUUUAGCAAAGUGGUUCAGAAACUAAUUCCACAACUCCCCACCCUGGAAAAUUUGCUAAACAUCUUUAUCUCAAAUUCCGGAAUUGAAAAGGCAUUUCUAUUUGAUGUGGUCAGUAAAAUUUAUAUUGCAACUGAUAGUACCCCAGUGGACAUGCAAACCUAUGAACUCUGCUGUGAUAUGAUUGAUGUGGUUAUUGACAUCUCUUGUAUUUAUGGUCUCAAAGAAGAUGGAGCAGGAACCCCCUAUGACAAGGAAUCAACAGCCAUUAUAAAGCUGAAUAAUACCACAGUUCUUUAUUUAAAAGAGGUGACAAAGUUCCUGGCUCUUGUUUGCUUUGUCAGAGAGGAAAGCUUUGAAAGAAAAGGGCUUAUUGACUAUAAUUUUCAUUGCUUCCGGAAGGCCAUCCAUGAAGUUUUUGAGGUGAGAAUGAAAGUGGUGAAAUCGCGAAAGGUUCAGAAUCGGCUGCAGAAGAAAAAAGGAGCCACCCCCAAUGGGACCCCUAGACUGCUACUGUAGGUGAGGUUUCAGGAACAUCUAUUAAAAUCAGACCUUUCAAUGAGGCUGCUGCACUAUGUUGCACUAAAGGAAGAGGAAGAAGGAUAUUGGGACACAUAACAUAAAUUUGUUGUAAAAAAAAAUUUCCUGCAACCCUCUUGAUCUUGUCGUUUUCAAAUAAAGCAAGCACUUUGAAGCAAAAACUUGUAUAUUAACAAUGAAGUGAAAUCCACUGUAAUUUCAUUACACAAAUGUAAACUUUUAUGGUCUGUAGUUAGAAAAGUCCUGUGAGAACUGCCAGGAACUGUAUAUAUUUUGCACUUUUUCAUGUUUUUUUCUCAUUGAACUAAACUUUGAUAAAACAACUUUUCUAAGCUUUUUUCUGUACGUGGUGUCAAGGACAUGCAUAUUGUAGUUCCUGUCUAUAUGGCAAUGAGAAACUAAUCAAAAAGCGAUGCAUUGGCAAUGACUUUUUAUAAAUUUGGGAAUCUUUGCUACCAAUUGUUGAGAAAAAUCAUUUUUCAGUGGAGCUGGAACAGAUUAGGGCAGCAAGCUCCAGGAGCAAUAACAACUAUACUUUGUUUAUAACUGGUGUAAAUGGGAGUUUUGUAGAAUAAUAUUAGCACCAAACGUAUCUAAACAUUUCUAUAGCUGUGGCAGUGCUUCCCUACUCAACAAUUUUUACAAAGCUAUUUACCUCAACACACAUCUCUAUAAUCGUUUUAUACAGAGAGGUUAUUUCUUUUUGCUGCAUUACUGUUCUUUAGAACCUUUGGGACCAGAUUUCCAAAAUGGUGCCGAUCACUGGAGAGAAAUAAGAAUGUUGCAGAAUUGCAAGAUUCCUGGGGGCUCUUUUGUACCUGCCACCCAGGCUAACGUAACAUCCGAAGUCACAUGAUUUCCCAAAUGUAGGUGAUUGGCAACUGCAGAUGUAAAACUACAUAUACAGUCUGUAUGUUAGGCCCCUAUGAAGCGGGCCUAUUAUUGUGCCACAUUUGAAAUGUUAAUUUAGGACCAGGUUUUGUUUUGUUUUGUUUGAAUUGCUCCACGAUCAGAGGGAAUGUCUCAGAUCUGUACCACAGAGCUGAAUCCUGUUGGGCACAUUUGUCACCUCUGAGUCUCCUCAUCUGUGACAGUGUGCCUUGUGGAAUCUGCUUGUUCCCACCUCAUGACUGAACUAGAGCUCAGCUUGUCAGCAGCAUGCCCUGCAUAGCUGAAAAGUCAUCCUGAAAACCCCUAAAGGUCAGUGGGAAGGAUGGCGACAGGAAGCAUUACGGUUAGUUGUAUGUCUGUUUCUAUGAAAUUCUUUCACUUAUGUUUACUUUAGAGUAACAGCAAGUUAAGAGACUCCUAAAGUUACUCCCAUCCCAAAUCAAUCCAAGGAGAUAAUUCUAGGUCCAUCCCAAGAAUCAGUCCCUAAGGUAUGCUUGUGGGUAUUAGAAAAUAAAUUUUUUUUUAGCAAAACCUCAUAGGGAUAUUAAAGCUGCUCCGAGCAAAAUGUAUCAGGUUCCUAAUGCAGCUUGUCCUUGAAACUAUUCCACUUCUGUAUGUGGCUUCUUUCCAUCUUCUCUCCUUCCUCUCCUCAAGUCCUAAUCCUUUGAGGCUGGUAACUGCAGUUUAAGAUGGUAGCUGAUUGGGGUUUAAAGUUUGAGCCCUCCCAAGGGUCUGUGCAUUUUGGAAAGAAGUUUCCAAAAAUCAUGAAGGAGCUCUAACUCCUUUCCUUAUAAUUUCUGCUCAGAAACCUGGGUGAGUAGGAACCCCGGGUUCCAAGGAAGUCUUUUCCCUGAUUUCCAGACCUGUACCCUGUUGGACCUUUGCCACUAGGCAUGGUACAGGAGGGUUAUUCUUAUAAAUCUAAUUCUCUAAUAUUUUUUACACACUGUUUCUUUUUGAAUAAAUAAAUGAAGAAUUGCUUUUCUAAUUGACUUUAUCCUCAAGAUAGACAUUUGCCUAUCUGGUAAAUCACACGUUACUUAGGUAUAUAUGUAUAUUAUUGUAAUCAAGUGGAGCUUACUUUUUUGAGCUGGGUAUAUGAUGGAUUUUGUUAAAAUGUGCCUUACGAGCCUAUUACUUCAAGAGCAAACGAUUCUUUGGGGGAAAGGCAAAAUUAAUGCUAUGGAUAGGACCCAAGUUCACGGUACUAAGUGCACUCUUUGAUUAAUCACACACUAGUGUAGAUUACUGCCUCAAACCUGUAAGCAUGGCAAUGACCUCUUAGUUUAAGAGAUGUAGGAGUUAUUUCUAAGCAUUCAGUUUUUAAAGUCCGUGCCAUUAAAAGUACAAAAUCUCUCAAUUCCUUUUGCAUUUUAUUUUUGAUAAUGGGACUUAGCUUAUUGCAACAUGCAUGGCUACAUUUACGUCUCAAAUCCUAUGCUAUACAUACAAAGACCAAAUACAUGGCUAUAGGGACUGCUCUGGAACAUUUUUGUUCAUUUUCAAAGGUUGAGAACUUGACCUACAGGUUUCUAGGACAAUUAGAACGUCUAUGUGGAGGUGAGACUCUGUGAAUUAUCUAUCAUCUUUGGUUAUUUUCAGGGAUGUAGAUUAGUGUGUAUGACCAGGGUAAAGUGUGUUUGAAGGAAUAUAAAUAAAAAAUGGGUUGACAUUCACGGACAGUGUUAUUUUGUGAACAUAUUUUGGGCCCUUAAAUAUAAAAUGACUAAAAACACAGCAAUAUUGUUAUAUACGGGUUAUAUGCUAAUUCUGAAACAUACUCCAGAAAAAUAGCUGAACUCUCUUGAUUAUUAAAGUGCAGUAUGCAUUCAA